AUGUUCUUAGACGAGCGCAGACUGACAUUUCAUAUAAGACUUGUGAGAUUAAAGCUUACUGUUCUGACUGUGGCUUUACUCUCUGAAGUGCAGCCCACUUUCAAGGAGAGCCAAGUUAGUUGGGAGAGUUCGGAAGAGGAAGAAGAGCCAUCAUAUGGAUCUUUUAUGAUAGAGAGGUUGACAGGAAGCAAGAGUGGUCGAAUUGAUCACAUGCUUCAGGACAAGACCUUUGAGCAUCCAUAUCUGCAAGCAAUUGGAGCACAUACAAACUAUUGGCGGGACUAUGAUACCGCCCUUUUCAUAUUGAAACACUUGUAUCAAGAUACACCAGAAGAUUCUAAUUUGUCAGCUGUAUCUAGCAUGGACAAAUCAAAACACGAAAGUACAUCUGUUGGUUGGUAUGAACCCAGAGACACUGUAGAGGAAGAUCUUCCGUUAACUUUCUCUGACAAGGUCCUGGUCAGAAGCUUCUCGAACAAAGCUAAGAAGGUCCUGCAGAAGCACGCUGCGCCUAAUUUCUAA